AUGCCAGGCCGUCUGGAAGGAAAAGUGGCCAUCGUGACCGGGGGUGCCUCUGGGUUUGGCCGCGGCAUUGCGACCAAGUUCGUUGCGGAGAACGCCAAGGUGAUCAUUGCCGACCUGUCCGAGGAGAACGGGCAGAGAGUCGCCCAGGAACUGAACUGCGUGUUUGAGCGCGCCGACGUGACCAAACGCGACGACUGGGCUGGUCUGCUGAAAAAGGCGCUGGACCUGUACGGCCAACUGGACGUGGUCGUCAACAAUGCCGGCGCGACCUACGUCAACAAGCCGACCGAGCAGGUGACGGACGAGGACUUUGACCUCGUCAUGCGGGUCAACGUCAAAUCGAUCUACCUGUCGACGAGUGUCCUGCUGCCGUACUUUCUCGACAACCAGCGCCAGGGGUCAUUCAUCCAGGUGUCAUCGACGGGGGCCCUGCGUCCACGACCGGGUCUGACAUGGUAUAAUGCGUCCAAAGCGGCCGUGAGCAACGCGACCAAGACGAUGGCAGUCGAGUACGGGCCGAAGGGGAUUCGUUUCAACGCUGUGUGCCCGGUGGUGGGGAGUACAGGAAUGACACAUCUCUUCCUGGGCAAGCCCGAUACAGAGGAGAACCGGAAAGGCUUUGUGUCGACGGUGCCGCUAGGACGGCCCAGCACGCCGGCGGACGUGGCGAACGCGGUGUGUUAUCUGGCGAGUGACGAAGCGGCGUUCAUUACGGGAGUCAAUUUCGAGGUUGAUGGUGGUCGCUGCGUUUGA